GGUAUAAAAUGUUAAUGACGAGCUAGCAUCUCGAUCUAAUUAAGUUUCGGUUUCAAACCACAACGAAACAUUUUAGAAUAUUAAAAGAGUAUCAUUUUAUUUUUUAAAUACUUUAUUAGAGGAAAGGCGUGAGACUACAAGAAAAAUAAUUUCUUUACCACUAAAAUAAAAGGACCGCUAUGAAUAUCCCACCAAUUCAACAACCAGGAACAAUUGGAGUAGGCCAAAUGACACAGCCUGUAAAUCCUCAGCUUCCUCAAAAUCCACAACAAACGCAACAGCCACAGGUUCAGCAGCAACAGCAACAACAACAACAACAACAGCAAACUCAAGAAAAGCUUGACAAUAUUUCCAAAGUUAAAUCAUUAAUUGGUCCAUUAAGGGAAUCAUUAGCCAUAGCUCUUAAAACUGCAGCACAUACAUUACAUCAAAACAGUUUGGUAGAUGUUGGAUCUCUAAAGGGUGGUGUGGAUCAGUCUGAUCAUCGAUUCAAUAAAAAUAUGGAAGAAUUUUAUUCAAUUUGCGAUCAGAUAGAAUUACACUUAAAGACUUCUAUAGAAUGUCUAUCACAAAAUUCUAGCUCUGUAAGAUACCUACCAGUAUCUGUUAUACCAACACGUACUGAUACUAUUGGAGCUCAAGAAGGACCUGCUUUAACAUAUCCUCAGUUUUUGAUGACUGUAAGAGCUCAAGUUUCAUUUCUUCGUGAAGUUCAUGAUACUUUACUUUCUGCUGUACAAUCAAUAACAUCAGGUGAAUGAAUGAUUCUGUUAAUAGGAAAUUUAUUAUGAUAAAAAUAAUAAUUUAUAAUACUGUAAGUCCAAUUUUUUAUGUGUCUUUUUUUGUGCCUUGUCUUGUACAUCAUAAUGCAAUAAUGUAUAGUUAUACUACUUUAAUAAAAUUCUAAUUUAUUUUAUGUAAAA